AUGGCGGAGCUGCGGGAGAUGGAGCCCGGCGUGCUGCGGCGCCUGCUGCCUCCGCGGCGGCGGCGGGGGGAGCGGGCGGAGGGCGGCCGGGCGGGGGGCCAGUGCCUGCUGCUGGACUGCCGGCCCUUCCUGGCGCACAGCGCCGGCCACAUCCGCGGCGCGCUGCACGCGCGCUGCAACACCAUCGUGCGGCGGCGGGCCAAGGGCUGGCUGCGCCUGGAGCAGCUGCUGCCGGCCGAGGGCGAGGAGGCGCGCGGCCGCCUGCGCGCGGGGCUCUACGCCGCCGUGGUGCUGUACGACGAGCGGGGCGCGCGGGCCCAGGGCCUGCGGGACGACAGCACCGUGGCGCUGGUGGCGCGCGCGCUGCGGCGGGACGCCGGCCACGCCGACGUCUGCCUGCUGAGAGGUGGCUAUGAGCGGUUUCAUGCAGAGUAUCCAGAAUUCUGUGCAAAGACCAAAUCUCUCGCGCCAGCAUCUCCGCUGGCCUCUGUGGACAUUGUCGAGCACGGCUGCAGUUCCUGUGGGACCCCCCAGCACGAUCAGGGUGGGCCAGUCGAAAUCCUUCCUUUCCUGUACCUCGGCAGUGCUCAUCACGCCGCGAGGAGAGACAUGCUGGAUGCUUUGGGGAUCACUGCUUUGCUCAAUGUUUCGUCGGACUGCCCGAACCACUUUGAAGGACACUUUCAGUACAAAUGCAUUCCGGUGGAGGAUAACCACAAAACAGACAUCAGCUCCUGGUUCAUGGAAGCCAUUGAAUACAUAGACUCUGUGAAGGCGUGUCACGGCCGGGUCCUCGUGCACUGCCACGCUGGCAUCUCCCGCUCCGCCACCAUCUGCUUGGCCUACCUGAUCAUGAAGAAGCGGGUGAAGCUGGAGGAAGCCUUCGAGUUCGUCAAGCAGCGCCGGAGCAUCAUCUCGCCAAACUUCAGCUUCAUGGGACAGCUGCUGCAGUUCGAGUCCCAGGUGCUGGCUACGUCGUGUGCCGCCGAGGCGGCCAGCCCCUCGGGGACACUGCGGGAGCGGGGGAAGUCCGCCUCCACCCCCACCUCCCAGUUCGUCUUCAGCUUCCCGGUUUCGGUGGCGGUGCAUGCCAGCCCCGGCACCCUCCCUUUCCUGCACAGCCCCAUCACCACCUCCCCUACUUGCUAG